CUCAUGUUUCUCCUGAUGCGCUGAUGUCACACGCAGCCAUAUAAAGGAAGAUUUUGACUUUUUUGUUCAUAGAAUCACUCUUCUACUAUGGCUCAACUCCACUCGCUGCAUGUGUCCGUGGGCAUCCUCGGCAUCUCUGGCGGUUCUCUCCUGCUUUCGGUGAACAACUAUGCCAGCUCACCUGAAAAAGACUUCAUCCCCCACACUGCACUGGGGAUUCUGCUCCUCAUCAUCGCAGUGCUCUUGGCUUAUGCAGGUGUCCGCCGCAGUCUGUCCCACGGCCAGCUGUUCUCGUCCCUGUGUCUGACCGUCUCUGCCCUGUGGUGUGGUUCCGGUCUGGUGUACGUCCUGGCAGGGCAGGGGGUGCUGCGGCCCGCAGAGCUCAGAUCCUCUCUGGUUCCUGGCCUGGCGGCGUUUACCUUAGCUCUGCUCAUCAUAGGCAGCGUCGCACUCCUCGUAAAGAAAGCGGUUCUGUGUGUCAUAGCUGUCAGCAUUAGCUUAGCAUGUGCCCAUCAAAUCGCUGGGCUGUCUGCUGCGGGUUUCGGUCAGUCUGCCACAGCUGCAAACUACCUCCUGGUCUGUCUGGUCGGUGUUUACUUUGGUUCUGGGCGUCUGCUGUCAACCAUCACCCAUGGUAAAGUGGAGCCUCCAGGAACAGGCCUGCAGAGUAAAGCUGGGCCGAUGACCGAGCAGAGACAGAAGUGUAGUGAUGCUGUGUCAGUGGGUUUGGUGAUGAACUUGUUGUCUGCCUCUGUCAUAGCCUGUCCUCUGUUAGGUGUAGUCCCCCGGCUCUCCGUCGGUCAUGUGCCCUGGCUGUGGACAGCCGGAGUCUUCCAGCUUGGCAUGUGCGUCCUCCUUUACCGAGCCAUGGACACACUGGCUGCCACUUUUUAUGGCUUCACUGCUCUGUUGAAAUUUGCAGAGGGUUACACUGCUCUCUUAUCGUUCUACUCUAUCCAGCCUCUCUCCCCUGUUCCCUUCCCUGUCGUCUUCUCUGUGCUUUUCUCCGUCCUGGCCCUGUUCAGUUGUCAGAAGGGCUUGCUGGAGGGGCUCUACCAGUUAGUCUUUGUGGCCUAUUGCAUUGCAAUUGCAGCCCAGCCCCAAGGCUUCCACCAAGGAGGCACUCAAGGUGUACAGGCAGUUGUAUUUGUAGUCUCUGCCGUCCUGCUUUUAAUUACCACAUUCAAUAUGGUCUCCAGUACCGUGAUUCCCACAGGGCAAGGCUAUUUCAAGGCUUUAGUAAACAGGAUGCAGGGUCUCACGCUCAGGGCGCACGAUAAAGAGCUGCACUCACCCCACCUGGGCUACUCCAAAUAUGCAGAUGCAGAGGUGUUAGGCCACGCCUGCAGUGUGUUGGCUGCGUUCGCCGUCACAGCCACAGUUGGUGACAGGAGUCCCCUGUCUGUGCUGGUUCUGCCCUGGGUGGUGGUGGCUGGCGGGGCCCUCCAGCUGCUCUGUGGCUCCGUAGCUUUUGCCCGGGGUAAAACCUUUGAGAGCACAGUUUUCAUUCUCUAUGGGAUGAUGUGGACAGUGUGGGGCUUGACGCGAUAUGGCGGCCUGUACGGUGAAACCAGAGGCUUUAACGUGGCCGUUGGGAUCAUUAGCUUCAUGCUGUUUAACUGUUUGGUGACAGCUGCGGCGCUGUUUGUCAAUGUCGCCUGGUUUGCCUACGCCCUCACCUUCCAGCUCAUCCUCAUUAGCUUCCUGCUGGAUGCAGUGGGUGCCCUGCCUUAUGGUUAUGACAUAGGAGUCUCCAUCAUCUUCGGUCUGGUCAGUUUUUACUUUUUCCUGGGCCACAUUUUCAACAACACCUUCCAGUCCCCCCAGAUCCCCUUUGGGAAACCUGUAGUCAAGAUGAGUGGUGGUGGGGGAGGCGCACAUAUCUGUCCCCAUCUACCAGCCCGCAAGUCCUCAUCUGUCCAUCAGAUUGCAGAAAUCAUGAAAGGGGGUGGUACAUGUGGAAUGCCCACUGACACCGUCUAUGUGCUGGUGGCAGCGUGCAACAGGCCUGAGGCCGUUGUUAAAGCUUUCAAGGUGAAGAAGCAGGCACAGGACCGUCCCAUGUCCCUGUGGAUCUCCUCCAUCAGGCAGCUGGAGCCCGUGCGACCCCUGCUGAGCCCCCUGCUGCUGGACUUCAUGGAGGCGGCGUGGCCCUCCUCCAUUAGCAUGGUUAUACCCAGAGGUCCAUGGAUGGACGCUUUUGGUUUGGGAGAUGCUGCCAAACACAUCGGGACUCCACAAAGCAUUGCUAUCAGAAACCCUGACUGUUCUGUGGCCACCCACCUCAUUAGUUUGGUGGGGCCCAUUGCAGUAACUUCAGCCAACCCUACAGGCGAGGCAGACACAACUCAUCACAACCAAGUUUAUGCCAAACUGGGUGACAAGGUGGAUGGUGUUCUAUGUGAUGGCCCCUCUCCAGAGAACAUCGCAUCUACUGUGGUUGACUGCACUAAGAUUGAAACAGGACACAUUGGUUUCUUCAGAGUGGGUCUCAUUCCUAAAUCCAAGGUUCUUCAGAUCUUUGAGGAGGUUCAGAGGAGACACAGACACGGACAGACCAAUCCUGCCUUUGAGUACGAGCUGCAGCUACCGGCUAGUACCGGAGAGUCGGGAAUGGGAAGUGUUAACUCGACACCAUCCACAGUUUCGCCCGAACAAAGUCCAGUCCUGAGAAAUGGGUCAUAGUAUGACUAAAUUGUAUCAGAGCACCACUCGUGCCAACUUAAACAGAAAGUCAAAUGUGCACAAAUACUGUAGCUAAAUGAAAAGGACAUGUUUUUAAAUGUCUUUAUGCUCUUUAUAUUUGUGUGGAAUUUUUAAGUUUUAUGUACAGUAUAUUGUCUGCACCUUUGUAAUUUAUGUAAAUGUUAUAUACUAAAUAACAUCAAUGCCUUGUACAUACUUUCAUGAUGAAGUUACAAUAAAUUAUUUCCAAAACCA